UUGACCGAACCAAAUUGAUCAGUGAAGAAACAAACCGGUUUUGAGAUUCUAACCAAACCAAAACAAGAAACUGAAUGUCUUGGCCGAGCGACAUUUGCGAGUUCUGAGUGGGUAGUACCUCUCAUUGUCUUCCCAAAUUCAAAACUCAAAUUGGUGUUCUCUCCAAUUUAGAAAACGUUAAAACCAACAGAAACCAAAACAAAUAUUUUUAGAACCAAAAAAAAAAGAAAAAAAAAGACACAUUGAGUAUCAUCAAUCAUCCCAUGUUUUUGGAACAGCCAAAUAACAUUUUCAUUCUUGAAUAUAAACUUGUCUCUCAAGAACAAACUCAUCAAAGACAAAAAGAGGUUUAAAUAGUUGGACAUAAAGAAGAUGGGAGCAUAUAGAGCAGAAGACGAUUACGACUACCUCUUCAAGGUGGUCUUAACCGGAGACUCCGGCGUCGGUAAAUCGAACCUGUUAUCACGUUUCACCAGAAACGACUUCAGCCACGACUCACGUGCAACCAUCGGUGUGGAGUUCGCAACACGCAGCAUCAAAUGCGAUGACAAGAUCGUCAAGGCUCAAAUCUGGGACACGGCCGGCCAAGAAAGGUACCGAGCCAUCACGAGCGCUUACUACCGAGGAGCCGUAGGUGCGUUACUAGUCUACGACGUGACACGUCACGUGACGUUCGAGAACGUUGAGAGGUGGCUAAAGGAGCUAAGGGACCAUACGGACGCAAACAUUGUGAUAAUGCUCGUUGGCAACAAAGCUGAUCUUCGUCAUCUCAGAGCUAUCUCAACGGAAGACGCCAAGGCAUUUGCGGAGAGAGAGAACACGUUUUUCAUGGAGACAUCUGCGCUCGAAGCUCUGAACGUUGAGAAUGCUUUCACCGAAGUUCUGACUCAGAUAUACAGAGUGGUUAGCAAGAAGGCUCUUGAAGCUGGUGAUGAUCCAACCACUGCUUUGCCUAAAGGACAGACUAUUAAUGUCGGAGGCAAAGAUGAUAUCUCUGCUGUUAAAAAACCUGGUUGCUGCUCUGCUUAGACAUACACUUGUCUCUCUCUCUCUCUUUCUUGUAUUUUUUAAAAUCAUUUUAACCA